UAUAAAUUGUCUUCAUCUUCUCUCCAUUCCAGCUGCAUACAUUUUAUCUUCUCUCCUCCAAUUCUCAUGGCAUUAUUAACUUUUUUCAUUUUCAUCCUCAGCUUGAUAUGGUGCACAUCCAUUCUACUUAAAAAGUUCUCAAGAAAUGCUCAAGAGAAACAAUCAUUGUCGCUGCCUCCAGGACCGAUGGGGUUACCCAUUUUGGGAAACCUCCCUUUCCUAAAUUCCGAGCUUCACUCUUACUUCACUUCCUUGGCCAAGACCUAUGGCCCAAUCUUCUCCCUCCGACUUGGAAACAAGAUUGCAGUUGUCAUCUCCACUUCCUCAUUGGCACAAGAAGUUCUCAAAGAUCAAGACAUCAUCUUUGCCAACCGAGACGUCCCUAUUGCUGGUAAAGUUGCGUUCUAUGGCGGUUCUGACAUUUUGUGGAGCCCUUACGGACCUGAAUGGAGGAUGCUAAGGAAAAUAUGCGUCCAAGAGAUGCUUACCAAAUCCAAGGUGGAUUCAUUCUAUGAUAUCCGGAAGAGGGAGGUUCGAAAGAUGAUCAAUAGACUUUGGGUCCGGAGGAUGUCGCUGGUGGAUGUUGGGGAAGAGAUGUUCAUGACGGUGUUGAAUUCAAUAAGCACCAUAUUAUGGGGUGAAUGUGGAAAUGAGAUGACGGAAAGUAAUCUAGGCAUUGAGUUCCGUCUCUUUGUGGGAGAGUUGACGAUGCUAAUGGGAGUACAAAAUAUAUCAGAUUUCAUUCCAAGUCUAGCUUAUUUUGACUUGCAAGGUAUAGAGAAAAAGAUGAAGAGAUUGGUGACGAAAUUUGAUAAGGUUUUUGAUUUGAUGAUAAAUGAACGAAUGAGAGAGGAUGAUAAUAAUGAGAAGAAGGAUUUUCUGCAAGGUCUAUUGAAUUUGUGUAAGGGAGAAGGGGAUACUAAAAUUCCUCUAACCACAACUGAUCUUAAAACUCUUUUAUUGGAUAUGCUUAUAGCAGGGACGGGUACAACAUCAAACUUAAUGGAAUUCAUGUUGGCUGAGAUGAUGAACGAUCCCCAAAUAAUGAAGAAAGCACAACAAGAAUUAGAAGUUGUGGUAGGUCUAAACAAUAUAGUUGAGGAAUCACAUAUUCACAAAUUACCUUAUUUGUAUGCAGUCAUGAAAGAGACAUUCCGGUUACAUCCUCCCGCACCCCUUCUCGUACCACACUGCCCUAGUGAGUCUUGCACCGUCGGUGGGUACACCAUCCUCAAGGGAACUAUUGUUUUCAUUAAUGUUUGGGCCAUACACCGAGACCCUUCGUUUUGGGAGAAUCCACUCAAGUUUGAUCCUCAAAGGUUUAUGAAGUCUAAGUUGGAUUAUAGUGGAAAUGACUUUAACUACCUACCAUUUAGCUCUGGUAGAAGAAUAUGUCCGGGCAUUGAAUUAGCAGAAAGAAUGUUUUUAUAUUUGUUGGCCUCACUACUCCACUCUUUCGAGUGGAAAUUGUCUGAAGGAGAGAAGUUGGACUUAGAAGAGAAGUUUGUUCUUGUUCUAAAGAAGAAAAAACCUCUUAUGGCAAUACCAACACCUAAGCUUUUGAGUCAAGCUUUAUAUGAGUAGAUAUAAAGCAUUGAGUGAGAAU